UUAGACUCCAUUAAAUCCCCAAACCCUAGAUUUUUUUUCCAUGGCGUGAAAUUGAAGUAUUAAUCUCUCAUUUUCUCAAACACAUAUUUCUCUCACUCGUCAUCUUAAACAAGGACUCGCUCUUCAAACCCUUGAAAAUGUCGGGCGGAUUUUUCCGGGGUACUUCGGCUGAUCAAGACACUCGGUUCUCGAAUAAGCAGGCGAAGCUACUGAAAUCGCAGAAAUUCGCUCCCGAAUUGGAGCAUCUGGUUGAUAUGACGAAGGUUAAGAUGGACGUUAUUAGACCUUGGAUUGCGACUCGGGUAACUGAGCUUCUUGGUUUUGAAGAUGAAGUUCUUAUUAACUUCAUCUGUGGUCUUCUCGAUGGAAAGGAGGUUAAUGGCAAGGAAGUCCAGAUAUCCCUCACUGGAUUCAUGGAGAAGAAUACUAGAAAGUUUAUGAAAGAGCUUUGGAUUCUAUUGCUUAGUGCGCAGAAUAAUGCAAGUGGUGUUCCUCAGCAAUUCUUGGACGCCAAAGAAGAAGAAACUAGAAAGAAAAAGGAAGAGUCAGAUCGGAUAGCAAAUGAGAUUCAGCAGAAGAAAGAUAAGGAAAGUAGAGAACUUGAACAAGAGAGAUCGAGGAAGAUGGCUGGUGAUGCGGGGUUGGAUUCAUCAUCAAAGAAUAUGCUGCCAAAGGGUUCGAGUGUAUGCCCCGAGGAAGAGAAAGAUACUGACCAAAGGAAUGGUGUCAGAAGGAAGAGCGUUUCCCGGUCUCCAUGUUCAACUGAUCGCCUUCCGUCCCCUUGGAGGCCGCAUUCUCGUUCAGUCAGCAGAUCAUUUUCUAAUUCAAGAAGCUAUUCAGAUGGCAAAAAGAAAUUUAGGAGUGUAUCUAGAUCACCUCAACCUCGACAGAGCUCCAUUUCCUUUGAUAAGACGUAUCCUUCCCCAAGAAAAUCUCCAACUCGAUCUAGAUAUUCACCUCGAUCAUCACGUUCUCCUGCAAGACGACGAUCACCUUAUUCUAGGCAAAGGUCUAGAUCUCAUUCAUCUCGAGGAUCACCAUCUCCUGUAAGGCGUAGAUUACAUUCUCCUUAUCAAUUCAAAUCACCAUCACCCAUUCGACGUCGUAGAUCGCCAUCACCCAUCCGACGACGUAGAUCGCCGUCACCCAUCCGACGUCGUAGGUCACCGUCACCCAUCCGACGUCGUAGGUCGCCGUCACCCAUCCGACGUCGUAGGUCGCCGUCACCCAUCCGACGUCUUAGGUCGCCGUCACCCAUCCGACGUCGUAGGUCGCCGUCACCCAUCCGACGUCGUAGGUCGCCGUCACCCAUCCGACGUCGUAGGUCGCCGUCACCCAUCCGACGUCGUAGGUCGCCGUCACCCAUCCGACGUCACAGGUCGCCGUCACCCAUCCGACGUCGCAGAUCACCAUCUCCUAUCCGACGUCGUAGAUCUCCAUCUCUUGUCCGUCAUCAUAGAUCUCCAUCAGAUGUGCAUCGUAUGUCUCGUUCACCUGUGCGUCGCAAAUCUCCUCCUCCAACACAUCGAAGAUCUCCAUUACCUGUGCGUCAUAGAUCUCCGUCACCCUUCCGACGCAGGUCACCCUCCCUUGUGCGACAGCAGCGCCGUAGAUCUUCUUCAACACCAAGACAUAGGUCGUCAUCCCCUGCACGACGUAGAUCACCAGCUUCCAGCCGUAGGCCAAUAACUCCUUCCCAGGGUAAGUCUUCACCUUAUCAAUCAAGUUCUGCCUCCCCUGUGCAACGUAGAUCUUCGCCAGUUGGGAGGUUUCAGAAGGAUCGAAGGUCACCUUUGCUUUUUCAUGGAGAAAGACAACGAAUGUCUGGAAAGUUGUCUCCUGUCUCUGGAUCUCCUUCACAUUUGAGGAAGCAGUCUACCAGUGAAGAUAGGAGGUCAUCAAGUCUGCGUGACAGUCCUAUGAGACAAUGUAUGCAGCGAAUCGCUCGUGAUGAUAGCUUCAGUCCUGAACAGAAAUCGAGAGAACUGAAAGGUCAGCUGGACAGUAAAGGAAGAGGGGGUAAAAAUGGAGCCAGCAGAAUCAGGCAUUCACCACCAUUGAGUGAGCAGAGGGUUUCUCCUAGUAAGGUUCAUACUCUUGAACGAUUGACAGGCAUUCAAUCUACAGAAUUGAGGAAGGACCUUGAAAUGAAGAGCGAGAGGUCCUCUGGUAAAAAGGUUCAUCUAGGAACUCCAGAUCGACAUAGAGCACCUGCUUUGUCUCAGGACUCAUUUCAAGGUGAGAAGCAAAGUUCACCACACCUGGGAUCCGGGAAAAGAUCUAAUGAGAGGAGUCAUUCUCGUCAAAAUAAUAUGAAGGAUAGUGAUAAACUCCACAAAGUGGAAACCUCACCGAUGUCUCUUGAAAAGAUUGAUCAUAAUAACAAUGGUCUGGAUUCAGGUUCUGAAGGGAGUGAUAAUCACAAAACUAAGCAUAAGAAGAAGCGAAAGCAUAAAAGGUCCGAGAGGUGUGUAGUUACAUCAGACGAUGAUUCUAGCUGUGAUUCUGAAAUUGAGGAUAGGAAAGAAGCUAAGAGGAGGAAGGAAGAAAAGAGAUUAAGAAAGGAGGAGAAGCGUAGACAUCGCAAUGAACGGCGUCGCAGAAGAGAAGAGAGACAUGUGGAGAAGCUUAAAAUGAAAGGUCAGGACAUCAAUGACGAGGAUGCAGCGAGGAGGAAGUCUCAUCCAAGUUUUGAUGAAGAGGCCGAGAGUGAGCAGAAGAAGCUUGAAAUUGAGCUUAGGAUUCGGGCACUUGAGUCACUCAAAGCAAAGAAGGGAGUCAUUGGCUGAAACUUGUGUGUUUUGGCACGAAUAUGCUAUUUCAUGUUUGUUCUUAUUGAACAAAUAUUCAUAUUUUGAAGUUUGAUUGUAGUUAUUCUUUUUUCAA